CACCGACCGUGAGAUCGUUUAACAUAUCUGUUUUCAAUCUCGAACAUUUUAUUUGUCCAGUACCCAAAUUAAACUUUACCCUCACUUCAUCAUCCUCGCCAAGUUGGGUUUCCACAUUCAUGCCCCCAGCAUGUAAACCCAAUAUGGUGACAACAUCAUUAACACUUAGGGUAAGACGAUUACCAUGCACACUUAGUUGACUAGUAGUCAUAUUAAACCUCAUCAUAAGGUCCUCAAGAAGUUGCAUCUUCAAUUUAUGCUUUUUCAGAUGCAAGAGCCCUCCAAAUCCCAUAUCUAGAAUGACCUUCUUUUUAUCAUCAGAUAAACUUUCUACGAGUCCACAGAAUUCUUGUACGCCACAACGACUGCUCAAAUAUACCUACAUUAUUUGAAUUAUGAAAAAGUGAAUUGUUAUUAUAUAGACAAAUAUAUAGGGCAUAUCUCAACGUGUAGAACCAAAACUAAAUACCUUUUUUGUUGACGCAUCCAUAGCAUCGAUCUUAUCAUUGUCGGCUUCUUCAUUUAAACGUGUAGACCCAUCUUCUUACUUCUCCUAAACAUCGUGAAUUUAAAUUUAUUACAACUUCAUCUGGGACAAAUGCAUCAUUAUAAGCUCAAUAAAUAAUUAACAAAUUCAUAAGCUUAAUACCAUUUUCUUUCUUGUUUGUUUUUCAGCGUCAACAUGUGAAGAAAUACCUUCACCCAUCAUACUCAUUCGUAAGUUGUAUUGAGUAGAACGAAUAUCAAUUAAAACAUACUUUAAAGCUUAACGUAAAAAGAACAGAACACUUAAUGGACAAUAGUCAAUAAAGCUCUCUUCAUCGAGAACUCCACGCUUGCUGUCUUUCUUUUCCAAGCAAAUCAUACAUGGAAUGCUGUUUCAUUGUCAAAAAGGAAGAAAAAUGUAUGUGAUUGGUGGAUAUUUAAGAUCAAGUUUAACACGGAUGGGAUAGUCGAACGACACAAGGCUCCUCUUAUUGCAAAAGGGUACACACAAAUGGAUGAGAUGAUUUUGGGAGUAUUUCUCUCUUGUAGUUAAGCUCAACACAAUAAAGUCAUUGUAGGCAAUUGGUAGUGUUAAGGUUUGGUUCAUGUAUAAGUUUGAUGAUAGUAAUGCUUUUCUAAACAAUGAUUUAGAAGAAGAGGUGUUCAUGGAUCUAUCACCCGACUAUAACAUAUCCAAUUACAUUCAGAUACCGGUUUGUUGACGAAACAAGUUUUUGUAUGGACUUAAACAAGUGAGUCAUCAAUGGUAUUUCUAGCUUACUUCUUCUCUUGUUAGUUAUGCUAUCGUGCAAUCUCGCUACGAUCACAACAUGUUUGCUAAAGAAUCUUAUGCCACUUUCCUAAUGAUUCUUGCCUAUGCAGAUGAUAUGGUAGUGGUUGGACUAAAUCUUUCCUACAAGGGCACUUUAAAUAAGAGAUAUGAGACCAAUUAAAUAUUUUUUCGGUCUUGAGAUUGCAAGACAUUCUUCAGGGUUGAAUGUAACUAAAAAAAAUAUUGAUUUGAACUUAUUUCUCAAGCAAGGUUGAUUGAUUGCAAACCUGUUCGCACACCUAUGGAUAUUAAAGUUAGGAUUUCAGCUUUAGAUGGAGAUGCAUUAUCAUACGUCACAAGUUACAAGAGUUUGGUUGGACGUCUGCAGUAUAUUGCCAGCACGAGACCUGAUAUAUGCUUCUUAGUACAAUAAAUCAGUCAAUUACAGCUUGCACCAACCACAACUCAUUUCAGUGCAUCACUUCGUGUGCUAAAAUACUUAAAGAACUCACCGGAACAAGGUAUGUUAUUAUUUUGUUUCUUCCUCUCUAGAACUCUUUGGCUAUUCUGACUCAGAUUGAGCGACUUUUCACUACACAAGACGUUCAAUUCUGGAUAUUGUAUUAUGCUUGGGACUUCUUUGGUUGCGUGGAAAGCCAAGAAGCAAGAAACUGUUGCCAAAUCAUCUUCAGAGGUUGAGGAUCGUGCGCUAUCUAAGCUUGCCUCAAAGGUGGUUUGGCUGAAGGUAUUCUUGCAAGAACUUGGUGUGCCUCGUACUGCUCGACCGUGGUGCUUCUACGACAACCGAUCUAAUAUACAUGUAGCAGAAAAUCUGGUUUUUCACAAACCAACGAAGCAUAUAGAAGUUUAUUGUCACUUUAUCCGCCAUCAUUUCCAGUCAAAACUCAUCACUUUAGAUCAUGUGGUGAUUAAAGUUUUUGUUGUGGACUUGUUCACCAAAGCAUUGAGACGACGUUGAAUAGAUUAUUUAUUGCACAAGCUGGGAAUAUAAAAUCUGUACUCGCCAGCUUAACGGAGGAUAUUUGAUUAUUUGAACCUUGCACCUUAGGGUGGUAAGGAGAGCUACUUUGUAGAACCUUGUUAUGACACUGUUUGAUGGCUUAUCUUUGUCAUUAGUUUUCGCUUCAUAUAACAUAAUCAUUUCUACAACUGUAGAUAACAACAACUAUGAUCCUACAGCAUACCAGUCGUUCCCAUAUAUAUAUAUAUAUAUAUGGCAAAUGCUAGCGUACGUCAGGCGUAUCCUUGAUUUUUGCACUUCGAUAUAUUUCGCUGAAUCAGAACCGUCGGUUAUUAUUUUUUAGAUUAAAUGAAUCUCAUGGCUUGGGUUAGUGAAUUAGGGACUGAGGUUCACCCAUUAGAGGUUAUGGUAUAGUAUCAUGCCCAAAAUUUUGGUUAAUUCGUGCUCUAAAUAGUAAAACUCGACAGGUGUACAAUGUACGACUGACGUACGCUAGCCUGAACUAUAUAUAUAUAUAUGACUCAAAAUUUGUCUGAGAAAUCACACAGCUCACAAAACCAAAAUCACAUGAAAUUCAAUUCAAUAUAGACGAAAUAUUUACUUAGAUGCAUUACAUUUCAAACUAGAUAAUUGUUAGCAUCUCAUAAAUAUUCGCGUAAGAUUCAAUCACAACCUUUUGAAUGCAUCAAUGAAUUAUUUACAGAUAAAUUUGGCAGAGUCCUCACAAAUAUGUGAAAAUGAAACAAUGGAAUUGCACAACAUUAUAUUUAACAUCAAUUUUGAUUCUUAAUUCCUCUUUUCUAUUGUUUCGACUCCAUAAAUCCUACUCAAAUCAAAGAAGAAAAAGCUAAAAAAAUAACAUUUUCAAACCUAUAUUGUAUCCUAUUUUCUUUUAGUGCGAGAAUGGCAAUCCAAUUCUAUACUACCUAAUUCGCUUUAAAUUUUGACCCACCUAAACUAUAUCCUCUCAACAAAAAUUGAUAAUAAAAUAUUAUAUUUAAUGAUUUGUAUGUCUACGGAGUAUGACGUACGACGAGUUCAUUGUUGUGGUCGGCCUCGACUAGCACUAGAUGUUCGACGUUGAGCCGACCAUCCCUCACGCCCCCUGGCAGGAGUUCUAUCAGGCGAUCUAUCGAGAGAGGUACGCAGAUCAUGAGUUCACAUUCAGCAAGUCCAGAGUCACCCUGUUUCGCACCCCAUGGAGUAUUGUGCAAGCUCUUCUCACCUACUCACUCUUCCCCAGUUAGGAGGUCUCUGGAUUGGCAAGCCACUUUGGAUUGGAGCUCAGCCACUGUCUCCUGGUCGGCCGCACCCGCGACUUCCCUGUUGAUACACUUCAGUCCAUGGGGUUGAUUGGCCUAAAGCAUGGAGUCUAGUACAUCUGGCCGGGGUAUCCAAAUAUCUUUCCUUUUCCCUAAGACGAGGAAACCAAUGACAUGCCUGUCGACCUUGACGAGGCAGCUAUGGACGCCCCUGUACCGUGCGGAUUGAGGAGCGUUUGGACUGGGAGAGAGAUGGUUGCCACUACAUGCACUUCCUGUUGAUGCCUAAUCUUGUUAUGGCACCGUUGAUGCCUAAUCUUUGUAAUUAGUAAUAAUCUUUGUAAUUAGUUUUCGUCUUCGUAUAACAUAAUCAUUCUUUAACUGUAGAUAACAACAACUCCUAAUAUGGGUUUUACCUAGUGAUGACAAUGGGGCGGGCGGUACGGGUACCUCAAUACCCAUGUCUCGCCCUACGGUACUGCAGGUCGGAUUGGGUAAAACCCGUGCGGGUGGGGGGUGGGGGUCGACCCACUCUUACAUGUUAUUUUAAAAAUUACGCGCAAAUUUUACUUUUUACAAUAAAACGAAUGGGAAAAC